UUAAAAACCAUUAUCUCAGUCCCAAACCUCCAUCACAUCGUCUGGUUUCACCCUCACCAUCCGAUUUUCUGUCUGAAACAGACAAGAAUAUCAACAACGUCGUAGUUCCAUCUUUACGUGUUGUGUUUUUUGUUGUGUCUGUUUGAGGAAUGGGCAGUGAUGAAAAGAAUGGAGUGAUGGGGAAGAAGAAGAGAAACGGGUGGUUUGGGUAUAUUUUCAACCAUGCUGACGGAGUGGAUCUGGUGUUGAUGAGCCUCGGGGUUGUAGGUGCCAUCGGCGAUGGCAUUUCCAUGCCGAUUAUGCUCCUCGUUACUAGUAAGAUUCUGAACAACCUCGGCGGUGCCUCUGCUUUAACCGCCGACACUUUCUCUCAUCGUAUCAACAAGAAUUCAUUGGCUCUGUGUUUGCUGGCGUGUGCGCAAUGGGUGGCUUGUUUUUUGGAGGGCUAUUGCUGGACAAGAACGGCAGAGAGACAGGCGUCGAGGUUAAGGAUACGAUAUUUGAAAGCAGUGUUACGGCAAGACGUUGGGUACUUCGAUUUGCAUGUGACCAGCACCGCCGAUGUUAUCGAUAGUGUUUCCAGCGAUAGUAUCGUUAUUCAAGAUGUCAUUAGUGAAAAGGUUCCGGUGUUCUUGAUGAACGUGUCGACAUUUGUGGGGGCGUAUGUGGUGGGGUUCAUGAUGAUAUGGCGGCUGGCAAUCGUGGGGUUUCCGUUCAUCGUGGUUCUGGUGAUUCCGGGGCUAAUGUACGGGAGGGCACUUAUGGGAAUUGCGAGGAAGAUGAGAGAGGAGUAUAGCAAGGCCAGUUACAUUAUAGAACAGGCUAUUUCUUCCAUCAGAACUGUGUAUUCAUUCGUGGGAGAAACCAAGACCAUUGAAAAUUACUCCACUGCCCUCCAAGGCACUGUGAAACUGGGACUGAAACAAGGCCUCGCCAAAGGCCUAGCCAUCGGAAGCAACGGCAUUGUUUUCGCCAUCUGGUCCUUUAUGUCCUAUUACGGCAGCAGGUUGGUCAUGUACCACGGUGCCCAGGGCGGCACCGUUUUCGCCGUCGGUGCCGCCAUCGCCAUUGGCGGACUGGCGCUGGGAUCUGCGUUGUCGAAUUUGAAGUAUUUUUCGGAGGCCAGCACGGCCGGGAAAAGAAUAAUGGAGGUGAUAAAAAGGGUGCCAAAAAUCGACUCCGACAGCACGGAAGGACAAAUACUGGACAAUGUUGCCGGAGAAGUAGAAUUCAAAAACGUAGAAUUUGCCUACCCAUCACGGCCGGAAAGCAUAAUCUUGAAAGAUUUUAGCUUGAGAAUACCAGCCGGAAAAACUGUGGCGCUAGUGGGAGGGAGUGGCUCCGGGAAGUCCACCGUGGUGGCACUGCUGCAAAGAUUUUACGACCCACUCGGAGGAGAGAUACUUCUCGACGGUGUCGCCAUUGAUAAAAUACAGCUCAAAUGGCUGAGGUCACAAAUGGGAUUGGUGAGCCAGGAGCCCGCAUUAUUCGCCACCACCAUUAAAGAAAACAUUCUUUUUGGAAAGGAGGCGGCGGCCAUGGAAGAAGUCAUCGGCGCCGCCAAAGCUUCUAACGCCCAUAACUUCAUUUCUCAGUUGCCCGAGGGCUAUGACACCCAGGUCGGAGAAAGAGGCGUCCAAAUGUCCGGCGGGCAGAAACAGAGAAUAGCAAUCGCGAGAGCGAUCAUAAAGGCGCCAAGAAUUCUCCUUCUUGAUGAAGCAACCAGUGCACUGGACUCUGAAUCGGAGCGAGUAGUCCAAGAAGCGCUAGACGAGGCCGCCAUUGGCCGCACUACCAUCAUAAUCGCCCACCGCCUCUCCACCAUCCGAAACGCCGACUUAAUCGCGGUGGUCCAAAACGGCCAGGUCAAAGAGAUUGGCUCCCACGACCACCUAAUUGAAGACGAAAAUGGGCUUUACUCCUCACUCGUUCGCCUCCAACAAACCGCCACCGUAGCGCCGCCGCAAUUAACUGUGGAUGCGCAUAACAGCAGCAGUAGAAGGCUGUCGAUGGUGAGCAGAUCGAGCUCCGCUAACUCUUUCACUCAUAGCCGCAGAGGGCUCGAGAAAAAUGAUGAUUCUGUUGUUUCUGGCAAUGGCGGCGAAGAAGAAAAGCUCCCUGUGCCUUCAUUUAGGAGACUUCUCGCCAUGAAUUUGCCAGAAUGGAGGCAAGCCACAAUGGGCUCAAUCGGGGCGAUACUGUUUGGUGGAGUUCAACCGGUGUAUGCAUUCGCAAUGGGCUCAAUGAUUUCAGUAUAUUUUCUGCCCAGCCAUGAUGAGAUCAAGGAGAAAACCAGAAUUUAUGCAUUGUUCUUUCUUGGGUUGGCCGUUUUCUCUUUUCUGAUUAACAUACUUCAGCACUACUACUUCGCCGCCAUGGGAGAGCACUUAACUAAAAGAAUCAGAGAAAGAAUGCUGUCUAAGAUGCUCACCUUCGAAAUCGGGUGGUACGACAAGGAUGAAAAUUCCACCGGUGCAAUUUGCUCAAGACUUGCCAAGGAUGCCAAUGUGGUUAGAUCUUUGGUCGGUGAUCGAAUGGCGUUACUGAUUCAAACAAUCUCAGCAGUGGUGAUAGCGUGCACAAUGGGGCUGGUGGUUGCCUGGAAACUUGCACUAGUAAUGAUAGCAGUGCAGCCACUGAUCAUAAUCUGUUACUACUGCAAGCGUGUUUUGCUAAAGAGCAUGUCCAAGAAAGCCAGCAAAGCCCAAGAAGAAAGCAGUAAGCUGGCGGCGGAAGCGGUGGCCAACCUCCGAACGGUGACGGCGUUCUCUUCCCAAGCAAGAAUUAUCCAGAUGCUCAAGAAAGCCCAAGAAGGCCCGAAACGAGAGAGCAUUCGCCAAUCAUGGUUUGCGGGGAUCGGGCUCGGGACGUCCAAUGGGCUCAUGACGUGUACUUGGGCUUUGGAUUUUUGGUACGGCGGAAAGCUCGUGGCGGAAGGGGUUAUUGGGGCCAAAGCUUUGCUCCAGACGUUCAUGGUUUUGAUUAGCACCGGCCGAGUCAUAGCCGACGCCGGAACGAUGACUAAUGAUCUUGCUAAAGGAGCUGAUUCCGUCGGGUCGGUUUUCGCGGUCUUGGACCGGUACUCGCUGAUCGAACCGGAGGAUUCCGACGGGGAAAAACCGGAGAAGGUGACGGGCCACGUCGAGAUUUGUGACGUUGAUUUUGCGUACCCGGCUAGGCCUAAUGUCUUUAUCUUCAAAGGCUUCUCAAUAUCAAUUGAAGCCGGGAAAUCAACGGCUUUGGUCGGGCAAAGUGGGUCCGGGAAGUCAACCAUCAUCGGCCUGAUCGAAAGAUUCUACGACCCGACAACCGGCGCGGUGAAAAUCGACGGCCGCGACGUAAAAUCCUACCACCUGCGAGCUUUAAGGAAGCACAUCGCGCUCGUCAGCCAAGAACCAACGCUGUUCGCCGGGACCGUACGACAGAACAUCACUUACGGCGCCUCGGACGACCUCGACGAGGCGGAGAUCAUCGAAGCAGCCAAGGUGGCCAACGCGCACGACUUCAUCGCGGGAUUGAAAGACGGCUACGACACUUGGUGCGGCGACAGGGGAUUACAAUUGUCGGGAGGGCAGAAGCAGCGAAUCGCCAUCGCUAGGGCGGUACUGAAAAAUCCGGCGAUAUUGUUGCUGGAUGAAGCCACUAGCGCGUUGGAUAGCCAGUCGGAGAAAGUGGUCCAAGACGCCCUCCAGCGAGUCAUGGUCGGCCGGACGAGCGUGGUGGUGGCCCACAGACUAAGCACCAUACAGAAUUGCGAUACUAUUGCAGUGUUGGAUAAGGGGAAAGUUGUGGAAAAAGGGACCCACUCGUCCUUGCUGGCCAAAGGACCAAGUGGGGCCUACUAUUCCUUGGUUAGCCUCCAAAGCCAAAGGCCACCCAACUCAAGCAUUGUACUCAACUAAGUAGAGAUUGUAAUCUCUUUUGUGUAUAUUUAUUAUCUAAAAAGGUUAUUAAUUUUACUAUCACUAUUCAUAAAGAUAUAAAUAAAAUCGUUGACGUACCA